ACGCCUCCAUCUACUGUUGCCAAAAGCUUCCCUCAACACCUCAUUCCUUUAAUCCUAUUGGCGAACUCCGACAAUACAUUCACGUCGUAGAGGAGUCGAACGAGCAUGGAGGAUCGCCGCUCGGGCCGGCCGGCAUCCGGCUCCAUCGUGUCGGAGCUCGAGGGUACGCUUCUUAAAGACGUCGACCCCUUCCCUUACUUCAUGCUCGUCGCGUUCGAGACGUCGGGCUUGGUCCGAUUCGUGGUGCUGCUGCUCCUGUGGCCCCUGCUCCGCCUGCUCGACCUGUUCCGCCUCGGCCAGCUCGGGCUCAGGCUCAUGGUCUUCGUGGCCGUCGCGGGAGUGCAGGAGUCGGAGAUCGAGGCGGUGGCGAGGGCCGUGCUGCCCAAGUUCUACGUGGAGGACGUGGACGUGGCGGCGUGGAACGCGUUCAGCGCGUUCGAGCGGCGGGCGGUGGUGACGCGGUGCCCGACGGUGAUGGUGGAGAGGUUCGCGAAGGACCACCUCGGUGCCGUCGAGGUAGUGGGAUGUGAGCUCGAGGUCAGUCGAUCCGGGUACGCCACCGGGUUCCUCAAGAAAGUAGAGAAGUCCUUGGCCGAGCAGGUGAUGGCCGUCUGUGGGAAGGAGAAGGCUGAUGUAGGUUUGUGCACAUCGGCCUCGGCACAGUCAUUCUCAUUUCUGUGCAAGGAACUACAUCGCAUGCCAGUCUCCGCUGACCCGGUGCACAACGAGGAAGAACAAAGACGACCGCCGCCGGUGAUCUUCCAUGAUGGCCGCCUCGUGCGCCGUCCCACGCCAUUCACAGCACUCCUCACCAUUUUGUGGAUACCAUUUGGUAUAGUGCUCGCCUUCGUCCGCAUCGCGGUGGGUCUGACCGUCCCCAUAUGGGUCAUCCCUUACAUCGCACGCCCGUUCGGCGGAGCGCUCAUCGUGAGAGGCCGGCCGCCGCCACCCGUCUCCGGCUCUACCACCGGCGUCCUCUUCGUGUGCACCCACCGCACCCUCAUGGAUCCGGUGGUCCUGUCGACGGUCCUCGGUCGCAAGGUCCCGGCCGUCACGUACUCCAUAUCCUGGCUGUCGGAGAUCCUGUCACCGAUCCGCACCGUCCGGUUGAGCAGGGACCGGCAGGUGGACGCGGAGCGCAUCAGGAGCGAGCUUGCCAAAGGCGACCUGGUGGUGUGCCCCGAGGGCACCACAUGCAGGGAGCCCUUUCUGCUGCGGUUCAGCGCCCUCUUCGCCGAGCUGACGGACCGGAUCGUGCCGGUGGCCAUGAACUAUCGCGUCGGCUUCUUCCACGCGACCACGGCGAGGGGGUGGAAGGCGAUGGACCCCAUCUUCUUCUUCAUGAACCCCCGGCCAAUCUACGAGGUCACGUUCCUCAACCAGCUGCCGUGGGAGGCGACGUGCUCUGCCGGGAAGAGCCCGCAUGACGUUGCCAACUACGUGCAGAGGAUCCUGGCGGCCUCGCUUGGCUUCGAAUGCACCAACUACACGAGGAAGGACAAGUACCGGAUGCUCGCCGGCAACGACGGGACUGUCAACUUCGAUUUGGCCUCGCCAUUGGUGGAGCGAGCGAAGGAGGUGCUUCGGUUUCUGCGCUGGACUACGUGAGGGUUUCCCGACGUUUCUGCUGCUUGCCAUGUCGUGUAUCUUUGGGGUAGAUGUUAUGAUGGACUCUUAUACAUACCGAUAUAUACAUUUCAAUUGUCUUUGAAUCAAA